ACGGCGACGCAGUGAAAUAUUUGUCACUUAUCGAUUUAAUGAUUAAAUUCAUGUUUUUAUUUAUUUAUUUAUUUAUUUUUACAUAGAGCUGAUCGUCGGAGCUUCAAAUGAAUUGUAUGGGAUGCAGUGGAAGUCCCCUGCAGAGGAUUUGGACGAACUGACAGCUGUCAGUUUGAUCAGCAAGACUUCAGCUCACUGUAACUUAACGGCAGUGAUGUGUUUUGAUAACUGAAGCUUUUCCAUCCAGAAACAGAUGGAUAUCGAUGGAUGAGCGACGACUCAGUUCUAAUAAAGUAUAAGUUAUUUAACUAACACUAGUGUGUAAUGGGUAAAGACUAUUAUAAGGUAUUGGGCAUCCAGAAAGGUGCUUCGGAGGACGAGAUCAAAAAAGCUUACCGAAAACAAGCAUUACGAUAUCAUCCGGACAAAAACAAGUCAGCGGGAGCAGAAGAUAAAUUUAAAGAGAUUGCUGAGGCCUACGAUGUUUUAAGCGACGCUAAGAAAAAAGAUAUUUAUGAUCGAUAUGGUGAAGACGGAUUAAAGGGUUCGUGUGGUGGCCCUAAUGGCCCCAGCUACACAUUUCAUGGCGACCCUCACGCCAUGUUUGCUGAGUUCUUUGGCGGCCGUAGUCCAUUCGACCAUUUCUUUUCACAUGGCGGGGGAAUGGACGAUGAUAUAGACAUUGACGAUCCAUUUGCAGCCUUUGGUAUGGGUGGCCUCGGUGGCUUUCAGAGAUCCUUUAAGUCUCGAGCAGGGGGCAUUCAUGGAGGCUGUGAGAAAACAAAAGACCCUCCAGUUGUACACGAGCUUAAAGUAAGCUUAGAAGAGGUGUUUAAAGGCUGCACCAAAAAGAUGAAGAUCUCUCGCAAGAGGCUGAAUGUGGAUGGUUGCACUAUGCGCAGCGAGGACAAGAUCCUGACCGUGGACAUAAAACGCGGAUGGAAGGAGGGAACCAAGAUCACCUUCCCCAGAGAGGGCGAUGAGACACCUACCAAUAUACCUGCUGAUGUGGUGUUUGUGGUCAAAGACAAGACGCACCCUGUCUUCCGCAGAGAGGGCUCUGAUAUCAUCUAUCCAGCAAAGAUAUCUCUCAGAGAUGCGCUUUGCGGUUGCACAGUAAGCGUUCCCACACUGGACGGAAGGACUAUCACUGUCACGUCUCGUGAUGUCAUCAAACCUGGUAUGAGGAAGCGGAUUGUGGCAGAAGGACUGCCCUUGUCCAAAUGCCCGGAAAAGAGGGGUGACAUGGUACUGGAGUUUCUGGUGAAAUUCCCCGACAAGUUGGGACAGAGUGCUCGGGAAGCCCUCGGCCAGAUUCUCCCACCCUGAAUGCAGAGAUGGUCAGGAGAGUGUCGUAACGCUCAGACAGCUCACUUCAGUCACCCCCCUCUUAGCUGCUGCGUAGCCUUGCUGCUUUAACAAAAACCUAGAGACUAUACUGAAAUGACUAAACACGUCAAAGGAAUAUCGAGAUAUUUUAUAAUUGUUUUAUAACGAAACAGUUCCAAAGUAGUCCUGUUGCUCAAAUGUAUUCAUUUAUGAAUACAUUUUGUGAUUUCACUGCACUUUCACAUCACUGUGAAUCAUUUGAGAAGUAGAGAUUGAUGGGCAGAUGUACUGAGAAACUCAUAUUACCUCUGCAUUGAUGCAUCUGUCUGCCUUUUUUUUUUUCUUUUUUUUUUCUUUUAAUUCACCUGUGAUGCGAAAUAGUGCUUUUCAAGAUUGGAAGUAAUCAUAUUUAGACCAGUAAUGAAAGAUCAUAGCCAUUGGAAUCCAUAUAUUUUAUCUCAUUUUUGUGUCUGUUUGUCCCCUCAUUUAUCCACAAGACCCAAGAUAUCUGCCCUUGGGGUUUUUAUAUAAAGAGCCUUUGGCUACAGAAAAAAAAGGCUUUGACAGAGGCAGAAAUCAGCUUGUGCUAGAACACAGGGCUAGGAAUGAACCAACUUUAGGGGGAUAAGAGGUAGUUGCAUAACCAGUUUUGUUUGCCUUUGGCUUUGGAGUUACAAAUUUGCUCCUUAGAUGCUUUUCACAGUGCUUCCAAAAUCAACCGUACAGCAUUGUACGCAACAAUUUUAGUAUAUCUCAGGUUCGUACACACCUGACAUAGCUUUUAAUUACAGAACUCAAGAAUAUUAUGCACAUAUCCACUUGAAUACUGGUAAUAUUUUGCAGAUAUAUUUAAUGUAUGAGUAGUACACAGUGUGAUUGAUUGAUUCUGUGAACUCUGUCAGGUAAUGGAAAACAAAGACCAAAAUAAGAGAACCCUUUCUCUAGGUGACAAAAAGACAAGAAGAGAAAAACCUCAGAAGGAGAAGUUAUUAAUAAGCUUGUAAGUCAUUUUCUUUGCCAACAGACUGUAUGCACAUGUGUAGGGUUAUAAUGAAUUUUUAAUAUAAGAACAUAUUUAAAAGCUUGUAGAAAUGAAUUAAUAUUAAAAGUGUGAAUUCUCAUGUAAAAUGUCCUGUUUUGAUUUACGCUAUGAACUUAAUGCAUUCCACUACUGCCAGUGUCAGACUGGUUUACUUUAGCAAAUUUUUCAUGACUGUGCCAAAAAGUUUGACCUCAGUGUUUUGAGAAGUAACUUGGUCAUGAUCAUAUGUACGCACAAUCAGUUAGGUGUUUGUGGAAUGUAUAUAACAGCAUGUGGGAAAUGCUUCUGUGAUUAGUUUACCAGUAUGUUUUAUAUUUGAAUGUCUAAGCUGUCUCUUGACAAAUUCUUUGGGAACAAGGAUUUGAGUCCUCACAUUUGAUAAGAGGAUCAGAUUAUCUAUGCAGUGAAAUUUCCCUGGUGGCUUGUUUGUGCUAAAUCUAAAUUAUUUUUUGGAUGACGUUUUGCUCUUCUUAUAAUCAU